AUGGAAAGGCGAAAGACACGCACCUCGAAGCUACGGCCGGAGGAAGUCGGGGUCUUGGCCAACCCCGAUCCUCAACGGCUGUCCCCCGCGGAGGUCAAGGAGGAGUCCGCGGAGAGCCCUCAGGAGCGGAUCGAGCGCGGGGGGGAAGGGGAAAAGAAGGGGCUGCGCUCACCACAGGUCGCGCCACGGCACCACUCCUUCAGCAGCAACCACACCAACGGCUCGGAGCGGCCUUCUCAACAGCAGACGAUGACGGCGGGGAAGGCCCCACCGAAGGCAAAGCCAACGCACGAGGUGAUCCCCACAACCGACGCGGUGGCGACGCCAACGGCGAGCAACGUCGCCGCGGGGAUUAUUCCCGAGUUGAGGCCGGCGGAAAAAGGCACAGCGGAAGACUCAGCAAGCGAGGAGGAUUGGAUGAAUAUCGUCGAAAAGGCCGAGGCAAGGCCAAUGCAUCUGUCCUCUGCAGAUGGUGUCGAGGAUAUGGAGGUGAGAGGGCAUAUUGCGCGGAAGGCGAUGCAGGCAAAGCUUGAUCAGGAGGAGGCGCGUAAAGCGCGUGAGGCCGCCGUGCAGUCGGCGCUAAACAGCGAUGGUGGCAUCAUUAUCCGAAGCAACAAUCGCACAGGAAUGCACGCGACUGGUGCCGGGAGUGGGGCCGUGAUGAAUGAAGCUGAUCUGACCAAACUGCGAGAGAACCUGCAGCUCCUCACAAAGGCUUCAAACCCGCUUGGAAAGUUUUUAGAGGCCAUUCAUGAUGACAUCGACAGCAUGACAAGGGAGCUCGAGACAUGGCGUAGUGAAGCCCGUAACCAGGCGCUUGCCGCCAUGGAAGCGCAACAGCAGACGGAGGAAAGCGUUCAAGCCGUACAGGUGAAGCUGCAAAGCAUUGAGGAUGAGAUCAGUGAUCAGAUAUUGAAAACAGGUCAUCUUCAACAGACUAUCUUUACAAACGAUCGUGCAAUUGAGGGAAUGGUACGAAUGCUAAUCGGUCCUGAAAAUCUGGCGUAA